UAAUUAGGUCUUAUUUGAAAAAAGAUUCUAGAACAUAUGGCAUUAUAUUCACAACCCUUCAUAGUGAGUUAUAAGCAAGUGGCAGAUUGAAUAAUAUUUUGUAAAAUCUCCGAAUAAUUGAUCUUGCAGUUUUGAAACAUUUAAGCCCAAUUUUCAAAUAUUCAAGUCUUUUAUUUUUUUCAUAGAAAUUAAUCAUUGGUGCUCUAUCAAAUUAAUUGAUAAAAACAGCAAUAACAUGAUUAAUGAUUUCAACGAUUUGUAUGCCACAAUUUGCAAAGAAAAGGAAAUCAAACCAAAGGUCAAAGUUGGCAAGUACAAUGAUUUAGUCAUAAAUGCAAAUACACUAGACGAAUCAGAAUGGAAGCCAGCACUGUAUGCCCUUAGUAAAACUACCACUCUGCAUUAUUUCAAAAUUACAACACGUAAUAAAUAUGGGCGAUUAAACAGUGCAAAUGGGGAAAAUUUUGCUGAAAUAGCAAUAAUGAAACAACCGUUAUUGGGAUGCUUCUUUGUGACUAUCAGACAACUUCUAUUUAAUUCAGAAAUAUUAACUUCGUUGAUUAUAGACGGGUUCCCAAUUUCUAUCGACUCCUUGAACAUUCUGUGUUCAGGUUUAGCAAAAUGUAGAAUCCUACAAAAUUUGGGUUUCACAAACUGCCAAUUCGAAGACAGUUAUAAAGGCUUGGAAAUCGUUUGUCGACUGGUCGCUUCACAUACUGGUUUACUGUGUUUAGAUUUAACAGGCUGUGGAAUUGACGAGAAGGGUGUGGAAUGUAUUUCAAAAAUGAUCAAAUCUCUGCGACUUGUUAGAAUGGGUGAACUCUGGAAACAGAGUUUGAGAUACAGACAUCCGGAUCCUGAAAUAUUUCCAGGACUUCGUAGAAUCACCCUAAACAAAAACCCAAUGAUAGGUGAUGAUGGAUUUCAGAUGAUCGCUAAUGAAAUACUGGAUGACCUAUGGUUGAAAGCUAUUGAUUUGAGGGACUGUGGGAUAACUCCUGAAUCCCUCCAAUGCAUUUCUGAAGUAUUACGGAUCAACAGUAUCAUCCAAGUUUUAGAUUUGAGAGACAAUGAUAUUCCCUCUGAUGUUCUGGAACAAAUAAGAUUUAUUCUAAAGGGAAACAGUGAUAAUGAGAGGGAUGAAGAUUACUUUUCAAUGAACACUUCAACUACCACAUUAUAUAGGAGAAAUUCAACUACUAGUUCUCUGUCAACCAAAAAAAGUAAAACUGUUGUUGAAAAUGAUAAAAAAGUAAUUAACAAAGAAAGUUUAACCAGUAUGAAUAAAGCUUGUGUACAAUUCAAAUCUGAAGACGACCUUCAACGUGUAAAUAAAUUGAUUGAUACAGUAAAUAGGUUGAAAUCCAAGAGUGUACAUAUAAUUAAACAACCACCAAUAAAUAGGCAUACAAAUGACAAAAAUACAAAAAAUAAUAAACUACAAAACGAGUAUAAUUGUCAGAACAGGUUCUAUUCAAAGCAGAAUCAACAAAAAUCUAGUAAAAACAUAUUAGAUAAUGAAACAAAAGUGAACGACAAAAUAGAUCAACAAAAGAGAUCUCAUAAUAAAUAUGAAUAUUGUAAAAUUGGAUUUAACUCUUCGAAAAAGUGCCUUCUGAAACCCAAAACAGCAGAUAGUAGAAUUGGAAUUGGACUGAAGCAGCGUUCCAAGUCACUGCAUGGUGAUGAGUUUCAAAAGAAAUGCGUUGAGAGUGAGAGGGGAAUAAAGGAUAAAAAUAGGAACCGAAAUUUAGAAAUACCGGUACAUCGUUGUCGGACAAUGCCUUUGAAACCAGUUGUGAUCAAAAGAAAAACAUCCGUGUGCUGAUAAUUUAAAUUUCUAUUGGAAAAAGAAGAUUAUUUACAGAAAUGUCAACUGAAAAUUGUUCAUCAGGCUCAUUGAUUGGCUUGAAGCUAAAUCAAUAGAGAGAACUCAUUAGGUUCAACUUAUUCAGUUGAAAAUGGAUAUAACUAAAUCAAAUGGAAAAGCUAAUAUGUCACAUGGAAGAGUGGCAAGUUUGAUAAUCAGAUAAAUUACUUUCAUGAAUUACAGUACUGUGAUGAUUACUUUCAUGAAUUAUUGUGAUGAUUUAAAUGUUUUAGAAUGCUUUUUUGUAUUGUAAUAACAGAAAAAUUGAGUGGAAGAAUGAACUGAAAAUAGGCUAGUUACAGUAAUCAUUGUUUUACAGAUUGUUCCAGUGGGA